UCCUCUCCCUGCUUUCCUUGCUCUCUUCCAGCUCCUCCUUCCUCCCAGUCAUUGGUCAGCUGGUCGAAUCAACAGAGCCACAAAGUUGUCCUCGCUCUCAUCCAAGUGGCUCACGCUGCCCUCGGGGAGGAAGGAGAGAAGCAGAGAAGAAGGACCAGCGGGGAGGCGAUCUAUAUCCGGAUACUUUGGAGCGGCUGCAGAGAGCGGAGGAGCAUCAUGAGCUCCUCCUCGGCCAACCUUCAAAGCAAACGCCUACCUUCAGAGACGGAGCAUGCCCAGAGGCCUCCAGACAUGGAGUCAGCGCAGCAGCUCAAGCUUAGGGAGCGACAGCGCUUCUUCGAGGAGGUCUUCCAGCACGAAGUGGACGUCUACCUGUCCUCGGCACACCUGUGCAUCAGAGACUACAGGAGACCGCCCAUCGGCAGCAUCUCCUCCAUGGAGGUGAACGUGGAUCUCCUGGACCAGAUGGAGCUCAUCGACCUCUCUGACCCAGACCCGGUGGAUGUGUUCUUCAGCUCCGUGGGGGAGGAGGGGGUGCUGUCCUCGCCGCUGCCGGCAGGCCACAGCAGCGACGAGGCGGCCAUCAGGAACGGGCUGUUCCGCCACGUCCUGGAGCGUCUGGACGGCAAGUCCCGCAUGUCCUCCACGUCUUCGGACUGCUCCUCGGACAGCCAGGCCGCCAACGUCAACGGAGGAGACACCCCUCUGGUCGGGUCGGACAACGAGGAGACGCCGAGCGGCGCAGCGGCGGAGAGAGGCGUGUCGCCGGAGGAAGGAGAGCAGAAAGCUCGGAGUGUGCGCUCCUACUGCGAAGAAACCUCCCGUACGAAAUAACGCGGAGGCUUUAACAGAGGACGUUGUUCGAGAAAAGACUUUUUAAUUGACCCUCCGUAGGUUUCCAUGGUAACCCGAUGUGUACUUUCUAUAGCGCGGGCCACGAAGUGUAAAUAUGCCGAUUCUGGUUAGACUGGUCUUCCUUCAUGUCAUUUCAGUGUGAAAAAAAAUAAUGAUUUUUGUACAGUAUUAAUAAAACUCUAAAACAAGAGACGA